CAAAACGACUACUCGCGCACAACACUUUGUAUAUCUGCGAAGCUGACAUUCACUGCAUUGAUGAACGCCCCUCGCCAAAUACACGUUUGAAUGUCUUAACACUAUGGACGAAGACAGUUAACGAUAGUCGUGCAGGACUGCUGAAAACAUCUUCAGGAGCAUGGGGGAAGGUGUUUGGCGAAGUGACAUAAACCUAAAUUUACAGUAAAGGGCAACAGGUGGGCACGAUGGCGGAACGGGCCACCGGUGGCGCGUCGGCCGCCAUCUCUCCAGUGCAGCAGAUGCUGGCCUCUGGCACUGGAGCCCUCCUCACGUCCGUUUUGGUCACGCCUCUGGAUGUGGUGAAGAUCAGGCUGCAGGCCCAGCAGAGCCCCCUCCAUCAAGCUUUAACUCGCGAUGCUGCUUCCUGGGCUGCUGUCACCCACCCCUCCAAGUGGAGAUGCUUCCUCUAUUGCAACGGCUUGAUGGACCACAUCUACGUGUGUCAGAACAGAAGCAACUGCACCAGCUGGUACAAACCGCAAACGCAUUUCAGCGGAACCCUGGAUGCUUUUGUGAAAAUCUCCCGACAUGAAGGACUCAAAUCGUUGUGGAGCGGCCUCCCACCCACACUCGUCAUGGCCGUGCCCGCCACCGUCAUCUACUUCACCUGCUACGAUCAGCUGCGGGACUUCCUGCGUGUUCGCAUGGGUUUCCACGGCGAACACAUUCCACUCCUGGCUGGGGGUCUUGCCCGAUUGGGUGCCGUGACGGUCAUCAGUCCUCUGGAGUUGAUCCGCACCAAGAUGCAGUCCCGCCGCCUGACGUACAGCGAGCUCUGCGUUUGCAUGCGCAGCUCUGUAGCGCAGGGCGGCCUCAUGUCGCUGUGGCGCGGCUGGGGGCCCACUGUUCUCAGAGACGUCCCCUUCUCUGCAAUUUACUGGUUCAACUACGAGCUAAUGAAAGCGCGUCUGUGUCAACGAUCGCAAAUCGCUCAGGCCAACUUCACCAUCAGCUUCACCGCCGGCGCCGCCUCGGGAACGAUCGCUGCCAUCUUGACGCUGCCCUUUGAUGUAGUGAAGACUCGCAGACAGAUCCAACUAGGAGAGAUGGACACACUCGCAGCCCCGUCCAAUAAAACGGUGUCGACGUGGCGCAUCAUGAGGGACAUCUGGAGCGAGGUGGGCUAUCGGGGGCUCUUUGCAGGUUUCUUGCCCAGAGUGAUCAAAGUGGCGCCAGCCUGCGCUGUCAUGAUCAGCACCUACGAGUUUGGGAAGGCCUUUUUUCAGAAUGUCAACCGGGAUCAACAGCCCCUGCCGUCAUAAAGGGACGGAGCAACUCUCAAAUUGUUUUUUACCUUUGUAAUUUCCUCACCAGGUUUAGGAUCAAACUUUAGUUCAAGUUUUUAGCAUGUCCUAAUCGAGUUCAAUGUCGGGGUGAGUUCCAAACCACAUUCCGCUAAUUAGGAUCCAUUUUUGCAUUUUCGGACAAGGGUUAGGCUGAUGUACCGAAUCGACAAUAUCCACAAUUCAUUUUAAUAACGGUCAAGAAGCUGCUGUCACAAUGCCUCAUGGGAAAUCCAUGACGAGAGGACUGCAUGAGCACAGACGCAUGAUCAAGCUGCUGAAGAUGCAUGGACGCUCAUUCAGUCAGUCAGUUAUUAAUCAUUCAUUCUUUCAGUCAGUCAGUGAGGGCUUCACAGAAACACUUGGGACUUGCAUUUUGAAUUUCGGCAUUGACCCAGAACAGCACUUAUAUAUGAAUGCCCUCAUACGUAAACGGCGCCACUUCAACUCAGUAAGCUGUCUACUACUUUUCCUUCCUCACAUGUGGAACAAAGCCAUAGGACAAAAUGGGAUCCAAACAAAUAAGAAAAUGGAAAUUUGCUGUACAUUCUGACGCAAGCAUGACACAUCCUCACAGCUUGAACGACAACAUUCAAAUAAUGAAGUCCCAAUGAUGGCUGUUAAAUCAAUGGGAAUUUACAUAGAAGAUAUGAAGAAUUUAUAUCAUAAAAUAUAAUUGUUGCCUUAAGUUGAAAUGUUUCUGUUUUUUCAGUUAAAUAAAUGGUAUUUUGAGUUUCAUUUUA